UUUUGAAGUUUAUUUCAAUAAAUGUAAAUAUAGAAUAUAUUGCGCAAAUGCGAACUAAACUUUGAGUUUAGAAAUGAUAAUUGGCUUGAUAAACCGUUGAUUGUGGUAAUAGAGACCCAGUUCUACCACAAAAACGGAACUGUGAUAACUCAAUUUGUUUAUUUUAGCUUUGAAGUUUUGGUUGUAACUAAAACCAUAUCCAUAAACUAAUUGUUGAAACGGUAUUUAACCGAAAAACUUUCGAUUUUGAAGUGGUCGUUUGAAAGAAGGUUAAUCUAUUGUAUAGUAUAGGCCCAAAAUAAUAAUAAAAAAUACAAUGUCACAAUCAUUCGAAUUCUCGAGCGCAAAUGAACAAAUGUUUCUAGGGGUAAUAUGCAUUCAGACCGCUCGAAGUUCUCUAGAAUUUGAAGUAAAAGUCGCUUUGUUGUUUAAUUCAUUCUAUAUGCAUGUGGAUUUUCUGCUUGAAAAAGUUUGAAAAAAGCAAGUUAAUAACCCCGAGACAAAAGUCUCCGUUGAUUACUAAGAACAAAAUUGACAAUGAUAAAAAAGCGAACAAAAGACAAAAGCCCUACUUCUUUUGACGAUAUUUUCGGCCAAUAGUUAGAAUUUCAUGGAAAUAAUAUCACUCAAUAAACCAAAUACUCUAUCAUACUGAAAUGUCUUCACAAAUCAAAUGUCUUCACAGUAGGUCAAAUGUCUUCAAACCUGGCAUCCCUGGUUGGAAUACUGUUUACCAAAUGUUACUGAGCGAAUUUCUCGAUAUUUUUCCAUGUUUCCGAUAUUGCUACCUUGAACUGUUCAAUCGGGGUUUACCGUUUUCACUCAGUGUAGAUUCUGUGUACAAGGAUCCCCCUGAGAUUUUCAGCAGGAUUCAAAUCUGGAGAGCGAGCCGACCAAUCCAAAAAAAAAAAAAGUUUUUGGUCCUUAAUUCAUUGCCUAGUUUUCUUACUGAUAUGAAAAGUAGUAUUGUUUAGCUGGAAUGUGAAUUUUUUGUGACGAUAUCCACGCAAAAACGGUAGCAGAAUCCAGAACAUGUAUGUAAUCCUUGGAUGAUGUGAGAGCUAUAUUGAGCUAUCCGAUUGCACAGAUCCGGAUAAACCUUGCACGUGCCGCCACCAGAAUUCCUGGUUGAAAAAUACUGUUCCUUCUUCCGUAUAUCUCGCCAGUACCCGUUGAAACCGUCAGAACCAUCCUAAUUCAACUUUUUUUCGUCACUGAAGAUAUCUUAUACAUUGAAGAACUUUCCGUUAUGGUAAAUAGCAAAAAGGGUUAUUUUGGAAACAUUCUUUUUCAUAACAUGCCAUGCCCCACUGUCGGUUCAUAUGAGCUUUGGCAAAACACAGACGUCUUCCGAUGUGAGAUGGUGUAAGACGAGCAGACAAAACUUGACGAAUUGUCACCCGAGUAACAUUUAAAUUUAAAUAUUGCUUUAUUUGCAUAAGCGAUUUUGAGGUAUUCGAAGCUGUUCUAGCUAUUUCCCGCUUAUUCCGGUCAAGACUUCGAUUUACGUGGAGCUCUCUUCUUCUUACCGUAUCCUUGAGGAUUCGUCAAAUAAUUGAGCACUACCCGAUGGGAUCGUCCAAUCCGACGAGAAAAUUCUCCGAUACUAACGUCUUCUUGGUGAAAUGCAUCGAUUUGUCUUUCUUUUCUCUACGUGAGCACUUUUCCCUUCGGCAUUUUCCAGAUUUAUUGAUCAAAACAACUAAAAAAAACGGAAAAAUGUAACUGGUUUUAUAGAAACUUGACACUCGAAAAAUCCAAAACAUUCGUUUACGCUCAGCACUUGCACACACACAUAUGAAAAUCAUGCAGUGUAUGGUAGUCACCAAUAAACCAAUAAACUAGAAUAUAAGUUGAAGCACAGCAAGAUCACCUGGUCUUAUAGAAGUUGGACAGAGUGUACUAAGAUAAUAAUGAAGAAAGUGAAAGCGCGGCUGUUUAAGCACGCUCUCCUCGGAUACGAUGGGCCAGCUGGAUGUCCUUGGGCAUGAUGUGACGCGUUUUGCGUGGCUUAGCACACAAAUUGGUAUCUUCGAACAGGCCGACUAAAUAUGCGUCGCUUGCCUCCUGCAGUGCCAUUACGGCGGAAAACUUUGGAAGGCAAGUCGGUUUUGAAGUCCUGGGAAGUUUCACAAACCAAACGCUGGAAAGGUAGUUUGCGGAUCAGCAAUUCGGGCGUCUUGCUGUUGUUUUUACUAUCAAGUAACUAUCAUUAACUAUAUUAGUAACUAUCAAUCGCAUUUCUCCAAAAUGCGAAAAAAAAAUUAUGGCUGUGGUAUGAUAUUGAAUGUAAUGCAAAGUGUCCGGAUUAAAAAGCGUCCGGAUCCAAAUACAUUACUGUCAAAGAGAGUUGACUCGACUGAAUUUUUUUCAGUUCGGCCUGCAGAAACGAAAUGAAUUACGAGAGAAAAGCAUAAUGCAUAGACGUGUAAGUGUGAGCUUCCCUAUCUCACAUUCCAAUACGGAUACGCAGUGUUUGGAUUUCGAUCAAAAUCAAAUGAUACACAAUGUGUCAUGCAAGUAAACUCUCACGAACAUAUAACCAAAUAUGAGAGGAUCAUUCAGAUACUUGUAUGAAUGUCAGCAAUCACUUUUGUAACAUUUAGUGAUUAAACUAAGAGAGGAACGAAGACUGUUGUUUGCAUAUUCGAGUUGUAUCAAACAUGGCACACUAUUUUCGAAGCCUGCAUACAAGUUUGAACCGCAUAUAUCGUCUCAUUUUAUUAUAGCGAAACCCACUGCACAGACAAGUGUAAAGCAAUAAAUGAUACAAGAAAAAUUACGUCAUCAUUACGUCACCAUUUGCGGAGAGCAGCGAAUGGGAAAAGAGAUAAAACGCGAGAGUUUUUGCUUCUCACUGGAGCGGUGUUGCUAGUAAAACUAUGCGGUCUAUAUGAAUAUACACAUUUCAAGGGACAGCGGCGUUAAAAAUGGAAAAUAUAAUCUGACUACCCUUCCCUUAGCCUCUAUCGAGCUAAAUAAUCAUAUAGUUUGCACUCUCUGAGACUUAAAAAUCAGGAUCUGCUACAUUAGCUGAAUAUGAAUCUUUCGCUUUGCGUUGUCCGUAUGAUCCUGCUGUUUCAUGAUGCAUGGAGAGGUCGGUAUGCAUAUGUUAGAGGCAGCGAAGAAAAUAACCUUUCUGCACUGAAAGCGUAUAUGAUAGCUUUGCUUGCAUGCUGGUGUGCAAUGAAGUGCGAGCCGAUGCAGAGUUGUCUCGUUCUCUUUUGUGUCGUGAUUUGCAGCACAUAACAAUAAUGGAAUACCGCUGGGGGAAAUGUUUCCUGAAAGAUCAUAUUUGAUAUGAGUGGAUCAUUUGGCAAACACUUCGGAUACGGAUGAUUUCAAUAACCUGUUUUCAAUGCUAUUUUUAAGCUAUUGAAACAAUUUUUAGAGUCAAUAAAUAGCAAUCAUAUAACUCUUGGACAUUUUAUCUUUUGUAUGAAAUGAUUAUCAUACCGUUCCGUUGAUCCGAAGCAAAAUUAUGAAUGCUUAAAGGAGGAAUGGAUUCCUCCUUGGAAUUACUCAGCAAAAAUAAAGCCCUUUCGCAACAACUAGAAACGACAAAUGGUUGCGGCUUUCGCACACAAAUAAUUUUAUAACGCAGCUUUCAUAAAAGUGAUUUCUUCGAUAUGGCGAAAUAUCCAAUACAUCAUUCCAUAUAUUUCAUAUUCUUCAUUAUCAAAGCCCAUCCCAAUAGGAAGUAUCCCGUGUCGGGCACAGGUACAGAGCAUUGGAGACAGCAACAUCACAAUUACGAAAACACUUGUAAUACUAACCUCGAGCCAACCGCGAGUAAUCGGUUACAUAUUACUAACAUAGUUAUAAGGCAAACAUUGUCGAAAUAUUGAACUCCCGGCCCCGUCAGGUUGACGCCAUACGAGCCUUAAUAAAAAUAUAUAUUUUGGAUAAAAAAAAGCCAUAGUCAAUGACACACAUCGGUAUCGGAAUUAUCGACACCACGAUUUUCGCUAAAUGCUCCUUUUAGUUCGGUCUGCAGAAACUUUUCUGAUCUCUAAUCCAUCAAAUGUGGUGCCCUGAAAAGGGCCGUUGAUUAUAUGCUAAGGUGAUAGCACGCUCUCCUCGGACACGACGGGCCAACUGGAUGUCCUUGGGCAUGUUGUGACGCGAUUUGCUUGAAUAGCACACAAAUUGGUAUCUUUGAAUAGGCCUCCUGCAGUGCCACAACCGCGAAACUUUGAAGCGCAAGUCGGGUUUGAAGUCCUGGGCAAUUCCACUAACCAAGCGCUGCAGAGGUAGCUUACGGAUCAGCAAUUCGGUCGACUACUGAUAGCGACGAAUUUUACGUAAAGCGACGGUUCCCGGUCUGUAGAAAUGUGGCUUCUUCACACCUUCUGCGGCUGGUGCGCUUUUCCGAGCUGCUUUCGUGGUGCUUUACCACCGGUAGAUUUACGAGCUUGGUCCCAAUGACACGAGUCCUCGCGGUACGAGAGUAGAGGUAGAAAUGAACGAAAGCAAAGGAAGCGUCAUAUUUUAUACCCAUCCGUUCGGUUCAACUGCAGAAGAGAAAUGGAAUUGGAAAAGAAGACCAUAAUGCAUAGGCGUCUGAGAAGACCGUACUCUUCUCACAUCGCCGUAUAAACUUUCUUGUUUUCAAAACUUUGAACUUACACCCCGGUACAGAAAUGAAAGACGUAGUCCUACGUCAGCACAUUCCAAUUCAAUUCUUUUAGAUUGUGACGGCAAAAAAAACCAUACCGGUAACACUACAGCCGCUCUAUCUAUCGAUGAUACAAUUGAACAGCGCGCUAUUCGACAGGCCGUCAAAACCAAAUCAAAUUCGAAAACAAAACGUCAAAGUGAAGAUACAAAACAGAAAUGACUUGAAAAGGAGUAUACUACUACUUACACUAUAAAAGGAUAAAAAAAACGAUUGAUCGAAGACAAUUGUAUGAGGUUUCCCAUUAUAUAUAUAGUUUUCUAUAUUUACAAGUUAAAACAUCAAAUUUAAAAUUAAUUGAGCUACGCAAGUCAAAAUGAAUUGGACAUUGAACUUAAAAACUAUAUAAAAUAUACACAUAAUCAAUUGUAAAGAGGAUAAAAGCUAAAGCUAACCGAUCGUCUUGAUAUGAUCUUUUAUUCGCGAUAGCUUCACCAAAAUUGUGAGUUACACAGUAUGAAAUCCAACAUAAAAUAAUAAUAAAAUAUUUAUAGCAAAAAGUCAACCACAACCAUUUCGUGUUUUCUCUAUUGACUUGGAGCAAACUAACCUAACAAAUAGUCUAUCGCAAAAUUGAGUGUACAAAUGCUACUUGGCGAUACCUUCCAUUUAUUUGGUAUAAAAUAUUUUGAAUACAUUGAUUCUUUUGAUGCAUAUUAAUUACUCACACAUUUAACUAGCUGUACGUGCAAUAGAAUUCCGCGAAAAAUUUUCUACUAUUUCUUCAUUCCUAAAAAUUGAAAACAACCUUUAUUCUAGGCAUCGCAAAAUUGAGUGUACACCUCGAGUUUCUCCGAACAAAUUAACAUUGUAAUGCCGGCGCUACACAAUUCGUCCAACGUUUCACUCGAAUGUUGGACUCAAACAUUUGACUCGAUGAAUCGACAAAUGUUGUGACGAAUGUGCUGCUACACGGUGAAGUGAAUGUUCAAUGCAAUCGGUCCAAACAAUCGGCGAGUAUUUGGAUCGAAUGUUUAUUGUUUUUAUUUACCAUCAAAAACGUUAGGAAACUGGUUGACGAUGCUAGUAUAGAAAUUGCCGUUGCAAUUGUACUGAUAUCGGGCUGUAAAUUAAAAAUGCUUGAAAUCAACAUUAUUAAAUUGCAACAUUUUGCCGAAUAUUUUGAAUUUUAUGAACCAAUUUCAUAGUUUCUUCAUAUAAAACUUGCCAAACAAACCAAUCUGUCAAAGAUAGAUUCGGACGAAUCGUGUAGCGGUGUAUCGAAUGUCAUCGAGUGUCGAAUCCAGGGGUAUGACUAAAACGUCAAAUCCCUCAUAUUGCCGUGUACCCAAUAUUGCUGCGGUUCACUGACAUUUUGGUUCUAUCAAUUACUGUGGUUUACAACUCGGUCCGGUUAUAUAGGCCCUGAUUCUCGAAUACACUUCACGGUGGAAACGGUAUGAAACGCAUUCGCGAUGACAACAGUGCGGUGUCGACGUCUGGAUGCGUGAUUAGUUUCCCACUAAAUUUAUCAUAAUAAAUUCAAAUUAUCUUCAGAUUAAAUUUUUGUAUGAGAUUAUUAUAUCACACGAAGAAAACAAAGUUUUCCACUCACAUUGAAUACCAGUUUGAUACGAAGAGGUUAAUUUUCGUUAAUGAUUUUUUAUUUGAAAAGUGCUCAUUCUGCCUGAAAACUCAUCAUUAUCUUCGACACUUCACUAACUCGUAAAACAUAGUUCAAUGGCGUACCGUUUAUUUCGUUUCCACCGUGAAGUGUAUUCGAGAAUCAGGCCCUUUGUUUUCUUCAUGUGAUAUGAUAAUCUCAUACAAAAAUGUCAUCUGAAGAUAAUUUGAUAUUAUAAUGAUAAGUUUAGUGGGAAACUAAUCUCGUAUCCAGAUGUCGACACCGUACCGUUGUCAUCGCGAAUACGUUUCAUUCCGUUUCCAUCGUGAAGUGUAUUCGAGAAUCAGGCCCAUAGUCGAAUAGUGGCUAACUUUAAACUCCAUGCUGAAUGUGAAAACCUCCAUGUGAAACCGGAAUAUGAAAAUCGCUCAUGCAGUUAGAAAUAAAGCAUACUAUCCCCGUGAUUUCAACGAUUUCAAUUCUCACAGAUGAUAUGUUGGUAAGCAAAGCUGUCCCCGUUAGGUCAAACCACUCUCCUCGACAUUUUUAAUGAUCUCUGGUUGAAGCACGACUUCCCAGUGGAAUGGAGACAUAGUAUUGUGAUCCCCAUCCCCAAAGUCGGCCAGAACAGCUGCUCCGUGAAAGGAUACCGGCCAAUAUCCUUGACCUCCUGUACGUCCAAGACCCUAGAGAGGAUGGCGAACCGACGGCUCGUCACCUACCUGACCGAAAACAAGAAGUUGGACUGCCGACAGUUUGCCUUUCGACCGGGGAUGGGCACAAACACGUAUUUCGCAUCCCUUGGAAAGGUGGUAGCUGAGGCCAGAAAAAAUCGACAGCAUCUGGAGAUGGUAGCCCUGGAUCUAGAGAAGGCGUACAACCGAACCUGGAUUCCAUUAGUUCUUAAAACACUGGCUGACUGAGGGGUAGACGGCAACCUGCUGCACUUUUUUCAAAACUUCGCGACAAACCGGACCUUUGAGGUAAAAGUCGGGAACACCAGCUCCAGGCGCCUUCAUGAAGAAACUGGUGUACCUCAAGGUUCCGUCUUAGCCGUCACUCUCUUCCUCAUAGCGAUGAACAGUCUGUUCCGGGUUAUACCGAAGGGAGUAUGCGUACUCACGUAUGCGGACGACAUCCUUUUGGUAGUGGUGGGGAACACGCACAGGGCACCACGCAUCAAGAUCCAGGCAGCUACCAAUGCUAUCGGUAAAUGGGCUGUCGAAGGAGGUUUUCGACUUUCGGCGCAAAAGCGUGGUCACAUGGUGGUAUGUAGUCACAAACACCAAGGUUGCAAUUCGGGAGUCAAAAUCUACAACGACCGCAUUCCCCGCCGUAGAACGUUGAGAAUCCUGGGAGUGGUGGUCGAUUGCAACCUGAACUUCCAGCACCAUUUCGACGAGGUGAAGAAAAGCUGUGCCACCCGGUUAAACCUCUUAAAAACCAUCUCCAAACCUCACCGGAGUAACAACCGAACGAUCCGUUUACGGGCCAAAGCCAUCAUCAAUAGCCGCCUCACCUACGGUCUCGAAGUGACAUGCCUGGCCAGAGAUAAACUCCUAAAAACUCUAUCACCGAUUUACAACAAUGCACUACGGAUUAUCUCUGGUCUGCUACCAUCAACACCAGCAGCCUCGGUAUGCGCCGAAAUAGGAGAACCUCCGUUUGACAUUUUUGUGGACGCGGCGAUAGCUUCCAGAACUGCGAGCUUUCUCGCUAAAACCAGCGGAGGUAAGGAGACACACCUGACUGUCUUAACGAACGAAAUCUUGCAGCAGGUGACACACUCAAACCUCCCAUCGAUAGCUAAACAGCUUUGGUUUGGGACUAACGAUUGGAGUUUGCCGGUGGUCCAAGUGGAUGAUACAAUCAGGAACAACUUUCGAGCUGGGGCGAGCUCUGUGGGUCUGAAGCAAACCUUUGUCGAACUUGUUUCAAGAAAAUAUCACAAUUAUGAAAUUCGCUACACGGACGGUUCCAAAGGGAUGCAAGGAGUUGGUUUCGGGGUAAGCGGUCAUAAUAACUCUCUUAUUUCCAGCAAGAAGCUCGUCGACAUUUGCCAGGUUUUCUCGGCCGAAGCUGCCGGAAUAUUUGAAGUACCCUAUACCGACUAUACCGUCAAGCAAAUCGAUCCUGAUAGUUACCGACUCGGCUAGCGUCAUCGAUGCCGUUGGCGCGGCUAUAACUAGGCACCCAUGGAUACAAGCUAUCAGGAGGUAUCUGCUGCCGGAUACAGUCCUCAUGUGGGUCCCCGGACAUAGUGGCAUAGCCGGCAAUGAAGCGGCCGACCGUUUUGCUGGAAUCGGUCAUCAUGGACAACUUUUGACGCGCAAAGCACCGCUAGACGACAUCAGACUAUGGAUCGCCAACACGUUCAAAACUUUUUGGGCGGAAAAAUAGUCCGUUGAAGAUACGCUGUUCCUCCGGAGAAUCAAAGGAUCCAUCACCAGAUUCGAAGACGUCAACACGAUGAGAGAACAACGAAUCUUAUCCAGGUUAAGAACCGGCCACUACAACAUGUCACACAACUUCAACAGAGGAACCUUUCAUCCCCUUUGUGACUUGUGCGAGGUUCGCAAUUCAGUCGAACACAUCCUCUGUAUUUGCCCAAAGUAUGAGAACCUCCGGAACUCACACGGGAUCAGCGGGAGCAUUCGAGAUGUGCUUGGCGACGACCCUUCAUAACUACUGCACUGCUCUGUUUUGACGUAGGACUACGUCUUUCAUUUCUAUACCGGGGUGUAAAAUCAAUGUUUCGAAAACGAAAGCGUUACGCCGGAGACCGAGAUUUUGAGCGUUAAUAGCUCCUAAACAACUGAACGAAAUGGUAUGAUAAACACUUCAUUCGAAAGAUAAAAUUUCUACGCGUUCUAUACUUGUUACUUUUUGAUCCAAAAACUUGUUUCAAUAGUCUUAAAAUUGCUUUCAAAACAGGCUAUUGAAAUCACCAAUCGGUAUAUAAGCGAGCGCCGCUCGGAAAUCCACUCAGUUCUAAUUGAACAGCGAUUGGAGCAUGUUGUCGCUGUUGUGGUGAAGCUCUUCAUUUAUCAUGAAAGCGCGGAUGAACGGUGUCACCAAGAGCCUGUUUGUGCACCUUAGGCCAGAAGGGAAUCCAUCAGGAGAGUGAUGCCACAAACGGUUCCCCGGGAAGACAUCGCUACACACACAUACACGCGCGGAAUUCUUUCCGUUUGGAUGCCAUUCAGCAUUGAGAAAGUUCCGGAAAGAUCUAAUCUUUUCUGGAAAAUAAUCUGCCAGUACCUCUGGGAAUUUAAAAAUACAUUCAUGUGAAAGAGUUUAUUUGAAUGUUUUCUAUCCAUGUCACACUGUGACCAAAUAUUUUUCAAUCAAGUACUAUUAACAGGUGGUUAUCGAGUUAGUAUUAACCACUGGUGGGCUUCCAGUAUCGAGGAAAAUGUGGAAAUAUCUAAUCGUUACUGAAAAUAAUCUGCCAGUUCCUCUGGGAAUUUAAAAAUACAUUCAUGUGAAAGAGUUUAUUUGAAUAUUUUCUAUCCAUGUAACACUGUGACCAAAUACAUUUGGUUUUGUGAUUUUUCAAUCAAUCGCAAUUAACAGGAUAGCUUCAGAAGAUUAUUCUUCCCCAUCAGUAGGAUAUUUCCGUAUCCAAUAUUGUAUGCACCCGCAAUCGAUUAUUGCUCAGUCGCCGAAAGUUCCGAGCUCAGAGAGUUCAUUCCCCUCUAGUUUGCCUUCCAAAUUGCCAUCGUAAACCACACCUUCUUUCGAUUCAAUCACACAAAAAGCAUACUUAAGCGAUAUUCUGACACAUUCAUUUUCAGGCAUUCUUUGUGUGGACACCGACUGGACAACAUCGUUGCUGGACGGGCUGGACGGCGAGGGAUCGAGUGCCUUUCUCAAGGCAAGAGGGUGGAGGUGGUAGCGCUGGAGUAGAAUAGAGUUUUCAAAGGGCCUUUCCCAAGGCUAGAGACAAAUGAACUGCAAAAGUUUAAAGUCUCUAUAAUACAAGACCUUCCUUUUUUGAGACACAUUCAUUUUUCGUGAGGACAUCGACAAGACAACAUCGUUGCCUAACGUGCUGGAGGAGGUGGACGGCGAAGGAUCGACACAUACACGCGCAGAAUUCUUUCCGUUUGGAUGCCAUUCAGCAUCGAGAAAGUUCCGGAAAGAUCUAAUCAUUGCGGGAAAAUAAUCUGCCAGUUCCUCUGGGAAUUCAAAAAUACAUUCAUGUGAAAGAGUUUAUUUGAAUGUUUUCUAUCCGUGUAACACUGUGACCAAAUAUUUUUCAAUCAAGUACUAUUAACAGGUGGUUAUCGAGUUAGUAUUAACCACUGGUGGGCUUCCAGUAUCGAGGAAAAUGUGGAAAUAUCUAAUGGUUGCUGGAAAAUAAUCUGCCAGUUCCCCUUGGAUUUGAAAAUUACAUUCAAGCGAAAGAGUUUAUUUUAAUGUUUUCUAUCCAUAAAAUAUCCAUAUAAUACAUUUGGGUUUGUGAUUUGUCAAUCAAGUACAGUUAGCAGGUUAGCUUCUGAAGAUUAUUCUUCAGAACAAGGUUUUUCGUAUCCUAUAUUGGAUGCAUAAAACCUUGUGCCUCCAACGUAACGCUCUCGUUCCCCCAAAUAUUCAUUUAUUCAUUCAUUCAGAAUGGAUUUAGAUUCAACUUCGAACAAAUGAUCUCUAAAUCAACGAUAGUCCUACGUCACCCUUGCGGUUAUACCAUAGAUAUAACCCACUUCCUGUUUUUUGAAAGAUGCCGAUCUGUAAUUUAAAAUUUGAACAAAAAACUUGUGAUUAAAUCGAAGAUCCUUGUUCCUUCCCCUUCGCGAUAAGGGGAACAAGAACAGUCGGCAUCUUCGAGUGGCGCGGAUUCCCCAUCUGUGGCCUGGGGCCAUGGCAAGCGGACAUCCUCAUCAAACCAGGGAAAAAAAAGCUCAAAUGCGUAGAAAUUCUCGUGACGAAAUCUGUUUUUGUUUUAUUGUUAAUUGUUUGUGCAUGUAAAAUCGAUAGUAAGCGCACUUUGCGGCAUGGUUUUGGCCGUUUUUACUGAGACGAACCAGCCCAGGAGGCUGAAAGUCUCAAAAAUAAAGAAUAAAAAAAAAAUGGUAAGCAAAUGACGGCAGUGUUGGUUUUUGUUUUUUAUUGAUGUUGAAAAAGUUUUUAUCAAAAUAGCAAGAACUCCCGGCCCCGUCAGGUUGACGCCAUAUGAGCCUUAAUAAAAAAUAUAUAUUUUGGACACAUACAAUGAUAAUAAAUAUGAAUUGUCGUGGAAAGAUAUUGCAGGAAAUAGCAGAUAUAGUCGGAAAAAAUCUCCCGAGUAGAAGACACAAACGUAUCCUGUCUUCUGACGAUGAACGAGUAAUUGUGCGAACAUUUCGAAAGAACUCUAAAACAAACAUUCCUAAAUUGACUACCGAAGUAAUCGGCAUCAUUGGAAGACCUGUCAGCACAGAUACUAUCCGGAGAGCAGCAUACAGGAACAAUCUGAGAGGAAACCAGGAUUGGUGCUUCAGAUUCAGCAUUUGGUUCCCACAGUAAAACACGGCUUCGGCAAUCAGAUGAUGUAUGGUACGAUGGCGGCCUCUGGAACUGGAACCAUGGAGUUUAUCGAUUCGGCGAUGGAAAAGAUGGGUUCAUUGAACAUCCUUAAACGUAACCUUCAGUGUCCCGUGUAGAAAUUGGCUCUCCCUCGUGAUUACUACUUUCAACAGAAUUCCGACCCGAAGCAAACUGAAUCUAUAAUUUCCCAAUCAACUCAAAACACCUCCAAAAUCACCGGACUUCAGCACUACUGAGUAUGGGAAAUCAAGAAUCAUCUGAAGAAUAAAAAUCCAGGGAACAAAGCGGAACUCGAAACGACGAUUACGAAGACCUGGGAGGCACUUCCGUGUACAGUGACCAGAAAUAUCACCUCGUUGCUUGCAGGAAGUACUGGACGCCAAAGGGGUGAUUUUUGUUAUCUGUUAACAUUUAUGAACUAGUCGCGGCAAUACAUACACACCCUCUUUACAGAUACACGGGCCGAAGGUUGUGCAGUCCACUGAUCAUUCAACAAGAGCCAAAAGUUGUACCGCUCAUGACAACUCUACACGAGCUGAUGUUUGCGCCGGCUAGUGACCAUUCUAUCAUGGAUUCCUCGAGUCGAGAAGACGCACCACGCUAGAUAUGGGGUACAGACUAGGGGGGCGUUGCUGAUUAAUGGUCAGCUGCAUCCCAAUAGGAAGUAUCCCGUGUCGGGCACACGUACAGAGCAUUGGAGACAGCAACAUCACAAUUACGAGAACACUUGUAAUACUAACCUCGAGCCAACCGCGAGUAAUCGGUUACAUAUUACUAACAUAGUUAUAAGGCAAACAUUGUCGAAAUAUUGAACUCCCGGCCCCGUCAGGUUGACGCCAUAUGAGCCUUAAUAAAAAAUAUAUAUUUUGGACACAUACAAUGAUAAUAAAUAUGAAUUGUCGUGGAAAGAUAUUGCAGGAAAUAGCAGAUAUAGUCGGAAAAAAUCUCCCGAGUAGAAGACACAAACGUAUCCUGUCUUCUGACGAUGAACGAGUAAUUGUGCGAACAUUUCGAAAGAACUCUAAAACAAACAUUCCUAAAUUGACUACCGAAGUAAUCGGCAUCAUUGGAAGACCUGUCAGCACAGAUACUAUCCGGAGAGCAGCAUACAGGAACAAUCUGAGAGGAAACCAGGAUUGGUGCUUCAGAUUCAGCAUUUGGUUCCCACAGUAAAACACGGCUUCGGCAAUCAGAUGAUGUAUGGUACGAUGGCGGCCUCUGGAACUGGAACCAUGGAGUUUAUCGAUUCGGCGAUGGAAAAGAUGGAUUCAUUGAACAUCCUUAAACAAUUCCGACCCGAAGCAAACUGAAUCUAUAAUUUCCCAAUCAACUCAAAACACCUCCAAAAUCACCGGACUUUAGCACUACUGAGUAUGGGAAAUCAAGAAUCAUCUGAAGAAUAAAAAUCCAGGGAACAAAGCGGAACUCGAAACGACGAUUACGAAGACCUGGGAGGCACUUCCGUGUACAGUGACCAGAAAUAUCACCUCGUUGCUUGCAGGAAGUACUGGAAGUACGCCAAAAGGGUGAUUUUUGUUAUCUGUUAACAUUUAUGAACUAGUCGCGGCAAUACAUACACACCCUCUUUACAGAUACACGGGCCGAAGGUUGUGCAGUCCACUGAUCAUUCAACAAGAGCCAAAAGUUGUACCGCUCAUGACAACUCUACACGAGCUGAUGAUUGCGCCGGCUAGUGACCAUUCUAUCAUGGAUUCCUCGAGUCGAGAAGACGCACCACGCUAGAUAUGGGGUACAGACUAGGGGGGCGUUGCUGAUUGAUGGUCAGCUGCAUCCCAAUAGGAAGUAUCCCGUGUCGGGCACACGUACGGAGCAUUGAAGACUGCAACAUCCCAAUUACGAGAACACUUGUAAUACUAACCUCGAGUAAUCGGUUACAUAUUACUAACAUAGAUAAUAACAAAAACUGUCAAAAUAUUGAACUCCUGGCCCCGUCAGGCUAACGCCAUAUUAGCCUUGAUAAAAAUAUAUAUUUUAGAAAAAGAAACAUUUAGGAACUAAUUUCAAUUUUCUUUUUAAGAAAAACUCGAACUGUACAUCGAU